CGGUUUCCUCUUCAACAGGGACAAACCUAGCAACUAUGAACUUUGAUGGUUACUUGGAGCCCAAUAUUUCGGAGAAAGUUGGACUGGUGGUCGCGCAUUCAGUGACAGCAGUCAAAGAGGGAGCUUCUGUGGCACGAGUCCUUAACCCCAUGGGUAAUACGGUCGAGUUAAAACGGGGACUACAUUUGGGUGAGUUGUAUGCAUUAACUCCAACUGAGGUUGGACCCUUUCUGACGGUCCCCGAAAUAAAUGGUAUUCAGGCUCAACCAAACAUGUCAUUCACUCUGGAAGACUCCCCAAUUACUGAAGAGCAGAGAGCUAAACUUUCUGCCCUUCUAGGGAGAUUUUGCUCUCUUUUCUGUUCCUCUGGCAAAGACCUGGGUCGCUGCAUGUUGGUCAAACAUCAUAUUCGCACGGGUGACCAUCCUCCCAUUAAACAGCGUGCAUACAGGGCUGCGCCAAAUAAACAAGCUGAAAUUGAACGGCAAGUGUCAAACCUGCUAGCUGAUGGGUUGGUUGAAGAGAGCUGCAGCCCCUGGGCUUCCCCUGUGGUGCUGGUGAAGAAAAAGGGAGGCCAGUGGCGUUUUUGCAUUGAUUAUCGCCGUUUAAAUUCAGUCACGAUCAAAGACUCGCACCCGCUGCCAAGAGUGGAUGACAGCCUAGAUGCCCUGUCCGGUUCCAUGUGGUUUAGCACGCUGGAUUUUUCGAACGUUUACUGGCAGGUAGAAGUAGCUGAGGAAGAUCGUGGGAAGACAGCUUGUACGACAGGCAGGGGGCUCUAUCAGUGGCGGGCUAUGCCCAUGGGUCUAAGUAAUUCGCCUGCCACAUUUCAGCGGAUGAUGGAGCUCGUGCUCCGAGGCUUGCCAUGGCAUAUUUGCUUGGUGUAUUUGGAUGAUAUUCUGAUUUACAGCCGCUCUUUUGAGGAUCACAUGCACCACUUGGAAGUGGUUUUAACAAGAAUUAAGGAUGCAGGGUUGAAGCUUAACUCUCAAAAGUGCCAUUUUGCCAGAGAUAAUGUGGUUUUCUUAGGUCAUGUUGUUUCCAGAGAGGGGCUUGAGCCAGACCCAAGAAACACUGACAAAGUGAAAAGUUGGCCAACUCCCCGCACACCGUCCGAGGUGAGAGCCUUUGUGGGUUUAUGCUCAUAUUUAUUUAUUUAUUUAUUUAUUCGUUUAGAGGUGGAAGGUUUGGAGCGUGUGGUGGCGUAUGCCAGUCAGGCUCUAACGCACACUCAAAAACGGUGGGCCACUUUUGACAGGGAGCUGUGGGCUAUAGUAUGGGCAGUUCCUGAACAGGAGCUCCUCCUACCUUCUCUGAGUGUCGAUGAUGCGGAGCUGCAACAGUUACAGAGGGAAGAGGCUGACAUUAGUGUGGUGGUGACUUGGUUGGACCAGGGCAGCGAGCAGCGUGUUCAGAUAGUGGUUCCCUCAGUGAUAGUCCCUGACCUGCUGGAGCGGUUACAUGGUGGACCUGCAGCUGCUCACUUUUCGGCUGAGAGAACUGCGCAGACGGUGGCUCGCUGUUUGUUUGAGGAUUAUGUGCUGGUGCAUGGAAUACCAGAGGUUCUUCACAGCGACCAAGGGCGACAAUUUGAGGCCGAGGUGAUUAAGUUCUUGUGUCAGUGGAUGGGAACAAAGAAGACCCGUACCACAGCUUACCAUCCAAAAUCUGAUGGCAUGGUGGAGCGUCAUAAAAGGACGGUAAUUGAUCAGUUGGCAAAAAUGUUGCUGUCCCAUGGGGGGAUCCUGGAGGUCCUCUUCAGCCAAGAGAGGAGGGACUCCCUGAAAGAGAUGCUUCGAACACUGUACCAGAGGACAAUUCAAUGGCGGUUCCCGGGUAUUCCCGCUGUGGACGGCGGUUGA